CUAGAUUAUAUAUAUAUAUAUUUGUGACGAUAUAUAUAUAUAUAUGCGCUCCGAUUUCCAGUGUGACAAUAUAUAUAUUUGAGUGAUUGAGCUGAGGGAGUAUCGAUGGCAAAGCUGUCCAUUGUUUUGAGAGGCAUGGCAGCUGGAUGUGUUGCGAUCGCGGCUAAGUUGGGCGGCGCAGUCAAAGCUGCAGGGAGUAUGAAAGCUGCCGGGGCAGCUGCCGCCGCUGCAGCCUUGGCCUCUACACUUGGUCUAAAUAAGCGUGACACUGCUCCAAGUGGUGGAAGUGGGGCUGCUACCGACGGCAACGCCGGCCGUUGACAGUGUCGACUAACUCUGUGUAUGAUCUUGAAAGCACGAGAAGCGCUCGCUCUCACAGGGAGGGGGAAAUGGGAUAAAUGCUUGCCGGAUGCAGGUCACGGUUACAUCGCAAGGAGGAAGGCGAGAAGCAAUAGAACAAGGCACGGGGCGACAAGCAACAGAAAGGCACAUAGGCUGGAAGGCAGGGGGGAGCAGGGCAGGUGGGCAACCAAACGACAAGGGAAGCGGCACGCUGGCACUAUGAGCAGCAGGGAACAAGGCGACAAGGCAGUGAGGCAAGAAGCAGCAUCAACAAGGCAGCCAAUCAACAAGACAAGCAGCAGUGCAGCCGGUAAGGAGGCAGUAAGGCAAGAAGGCAGUGACGCAACAAGGCAGCAAGUCACAAGGCGCUGAGGCAACACGGUAGCAACGCAACUGCGCAACAAGGCGACAAGGCAGCAACACGAUGGAGCCAACUGACAAAGCAAGCAGAAGGGCAGCACUAUGAGCAGCAGGCACCAAAGCAGCUAAACAGUGCGGCAAGAAGGAAGCAAGGCAAGAAGCCAUUGAGGCAACCCGGGAGCGAAGCCAUAUGGCAACGAAGCAUAAGACAUCCACAGAACAAAACAAGUUGCAGGGCGUCACUACGAGCAGCAAGGAACAAGGCGGCAAGCCACUGAGGCAACAAGCAGCCAAGCAGCAUGGGAGUGGAGCACCACAGCCAGGCAGACCACACAUCCAACAUGGGCCAAAGCAGUCCAUCACCUACCCUUCACACCACCACCAACAGCACACCGACUGUAGGUUCACACGUGCAUCAACUAACGCCUGUAAUCACCCCAAGGAACACACGCAUGCACAGACAUCAUGAACCCUACGCCCCCCUAAUAGUGUUGCAGGAACCCCAAACAAGCAGGCAUUCACGUGUUAGCAGGGCUUAGAGGUGCUCACUCAGACACCGGGAGAGCACAGGGAAAGAUCAGAGAAUGCACAGACUGAGACAGAAAGAAGAAAAGAAAAGGAAACAGAGAAAAAAACAAUGAUUGUGUGGGAGUGGGGAGCACUAUCCUGCAGGGGCUUCACAAGGAGGGGGGUGAAUGUCCCGGAGAGGGUAGGGGCGGAGGUUGGGGUUUGCUCUAUUCUGGGGCUGGGGUUGGUAUGCCGGGUCAGUAUUAACCGCAGUGGAGGCAGUUAAGGGCAAGUGGUGGUGGGGGCAUGCUUUAGGAGGGAACUGUAUGUCCCUGGGGAAAUGGGGUUAAAGGGGCUUGCCCUAUACUGGGGCUAAUGAAGAGUAGGAGACACU